GGACCGCAAUGCUAGAGUUGCUCUGUUUGACGGUAUAGAGGAAGGUGGUAUAAGGGCUUCAUCUUCUUAUUCCUCUCAUGAAAUCGAUGAGCAAGAGAAUGAUAGGGACGUUGAUGGAUUGCAAGAUCGAGUGAAUAUGCUGAAAAGAUUUUGUUGGAGGAUAAAGAGAGAAAGUUGAAUGGAUUCCCGUAACUGGUGGUUGAGGUUUCGUGUCAGAUUAUACAAGUAUUUGUUCAUGAGGAAAGUUUAAAAAACAGAAGAUGAGUUGGGUUUUUUCAUAGGUUGAUGGAGAAUGCCUACUAAAGUCUCUUCCAAAUAUCUGUAUUUACCCUCAAAUAUAAGCAAAUUUACUCAACUUGGAUGAGAGUGAAUGACAGCUUUGCUGUAAUGUGUGGAAGUUCAUUUGUUUGAUGGGCUUAUGUGUGUCCUCUUGUAACAUCCCAAGAAUGCAUUUUGAUGGCUGUCAGGUGAUAUACAUGAGGAGGUUGAGACCCAUAACCGAAUGCUGGACCGAAUGGGCAAUGACAUGGAUAGUUCAAGAGGAGUUCUAUCCGGGACCAUGGAUAAAUUUAAGAUGGUGUUCGAAACCAAAUCAAGCCGCAGGAUGUUUACACUCGUGGCAUCUUUUGUUGUCAUUUUCAUUGUCGUAUACUACCUUAUUAGCAAGUAAAAGAAAAUGGAAGAAGGAAAAAGAAGUAUCUGCACUGCAGCUGUAAUUUGGUGAAGCUUAAGAAUGGAUGGAUUUGUUCCAAGCAGCAGUUUCUACUGAAUCUGUUAUUAGUGUUUUUUGUGGUAAUAGCUUUGGUAGAGUCGUUGAAACAUUUCAGUGCUAAAGGUCCAGAACCUCUCUGAUGCUUCAUGCUCGUGUGUUUGUAUAUGUGUGCGCACGUGUUUAUAGAUUCCGUAUUGUCUUUUGGAACAGACGAAAAUCUGUGUAAUGGUACAUAUUAAGUGCAUAAUCUGAAAUGCUGGCACUAAAGUGCCCCUUUUCUAGAUAAAAA